UUAGGUCAAGGUCGUUCAUUUCGUCUUUAUGUGGCAAUAUGCUUCUGUCAAAAUACAUGUUUGAUACACGAAAAAUAGACAAAUAAACGAAGAGAGAUCACAAUGUCACGACACAGGAAUGUCAGAUCUAUGAACUAUGAAGAAGAUUUUUUGGAAGAUGAUGAUUACCUUGGCCAUUCAGUAGAGGAUAACUAUUGUAUCUCCCCAGGGACAGCUGCACAGUUCACUUUCAAUAGAGGAGAAAGAAAUGUUAACUUGUCAUCUUAUGUGGAAGAGAAUAUUCCUGAAGAGGAUGAAGGAGAGAGUGAUGAGGAUACAAUUCUCAAUCAUUCUGCAGGAACACCUAGGUUACAGUUAAAUGAAACAGACCAAGGUAAGUUGAAUUCUUGCCUGGAUGAAGUUAGAAAUGUCUUGGGAGAAUCCUGUCCUGAACAUAUAAUGGCUCAAACCAUUGUCAAACAUAACUACAACAUACAAUCUACGCUGAACGAAUUACUUAACCAAACAGGAACAGAUGCACCAAAGCCACAGAGACAGCCUCGAGAUUCACGAAGGAACAGAUCACAAGGAGAUUAUGAUGAUGAUUUUGAUGACUUUUUACAAUCCCUUGAUACUAAUUCCCCUAAAAUUAAUUUCUCUCAUAAUUUAAAACAGUCCUUAGGGAUACUGAAAUAUGGCGGUAGCUGGUCUUCUGAGAGUUCAUUAGAAAAUAUAUCAAAUACUGCAUUAAAAGCUAAAAUUAUUAAUUAUUCCUCCGCCGGUUCAUCAGAAUGUCUUUCCACAACACCUGAUGGUCAAGAAUCAGGCAUUAGAAAAAGAGAAAAGUAUCCAUCCACUGGAUCUUCUGAUUAUUUGUCAUGUACACCUGAUGAACCAUCAGUUAUAGAGCUAGCCAAUCAGAAUUCAUUAUCUUCCAAACAGCCUGCUCUGAUAAAUGUUGCAAACCAAUCAGCAGUUUCUACAAAAGAUAAGUCAUUGUCUGAAUUGGCUAAACAAAAUGUUUCUUCUAGAAAGCAGAUACCAUUAUCAGAAUUAACAGGUCAGAAUGUAAAGUGCAAAGGGCAGCCAUCUUUAUCAGAGUUAGCUAAACAGAACUCAUCAUGUAGUCAGCAGUCGUCCUUAUCACAUUUUGCAAAGCAAAAUACACCUUUAUCUCAACUGGCUACUCAAAACUUGUCUUCAAAGCAACCAUCUUUAUCUCAAUUGGCCAACCAGAGAACAUCUGCUAAGCAACCAUCAUUAUCUGAUUUAUCUGGACUAAAUUUAUCAAAGAAGCUUUCAUUAUCAGAGCUGACCAAUCAGAAUGCAUCAUCCAAACAGCAGCCAUCAGUGUCUAAGUUGACCAGUCAGAAUACACCAUCCUCCAAACAGCCAUCUUUGUCUGCAUUGGCCAGUCAGAAAGGGGUGUCAAAUUUGAACAAAGAUAAAACAACUGAUAACCAAUACCAGGUGACUGAAUUGGAGAGUAAAUUAUCUGGUGUUGAAAUUGGUCAUGAUACCUUGAAAAGCAAGUUAACUGAUUUGACCAAAAUACUUCCUUCUGGUACAGGGAAGCAAUUUUCCUUAGCAGAAAUAGCUAAAGAUUCUUCUAUCCAAGUAAGGCAACCUUCUUUAGCAGAACUGACUAAUUCUAGGUCUGUAGGAGUUUCAAAACAACCAUCUUUGGCAGAACUGGCUAGUUCUCAGUCUACAAGAACGUCAACACAACCAUCUUUGGCAGAAUUAGCCAAUGUUAAACAUAAUACAGCUAAACAAUUAUCAUUGUCAGAUUUAGCUUUACCAUCAAAACAACUUCCUAGCAAACGCUUAACUCAGUCUUCAGAUCAACCAGGAACACAUGUUAAUUCCUCUACACAAUCUACCGAUAGUCAGAACUCAGGGAAAAGUAUGACAUCACUGGCAGCUUUGUCAAAAACAUCAUCUAAUGAAGUUAAACCUAGUCAAGGAGAUAAAUUAGUAUACAAUUUAGAUGGUUUAAAGAUAUCUAAUUUGAAAAAGGAGUCCAAUAUUUCACUGACUGAUUUGGCUGGGAAGAAAAUUGUCAAGUCUGUUCCAAAAGUUUCUCAAACUGUUAAAAAAGAAAAGAAACAAUUUAUUGCACAAGAAUCAGUUGAAGGUCAUGACCAUGAAGUGCUACUUCCAACCUUUUCUGAAGAGACUAUUAAUACUGUUCAAUGUGACUUUGUGAAAUUUCAGGCCUCAUUUCUUGGACAGGUUUUAUGUCUUUAUGAUUGUAAUUAUAAGAUAAAUAAGAAAAGGAAAUACGGUCAAUUUUCUUAUACUCAUCAAAUGAAGAAUAUUAAAAGGUCAUGUAACAUUAUGAAUGAGAUUAUUCCAUUUGAUUUUACUACUCCGUCACCUGAUGAUAUUGUCAGAUCUAAACAGAAAGCAGCAUUUACUAGAACUGGUGAGAAAAAAUGAACAUCCAAAAUCCAUUUUUAAGCAGACAUGAUUAUUAGACAACAGCUAUUGUAUGAUUAUGAGAAAGAGGUAGAUAGAAUACUAAAACGGCAGCUUUACCAGAAAGAACACCAAGUACUAAAACUGUUGAUAAACAAUGAAUAUCCUGUGUUGAAGCAGAGAAAAUAGAGACAAGACAGAUAGAAUGGUAGAGGUAGACAGAAUGAAAUGGAAUGUGUUUUAAAGGGAAGAACCUGGCACAUGUACUAUAAAUAAAGAAGCUGAUAACAAAAUCAUUCUGUGUGUGCCAUACUGAUAUUAUGAGAUUUGGAAUUUGCUUAAACUGAUUUUAAGAAAAAGAUUUAUUUUUUAUGCCCCACCUACAAUAGUAGAGGGGCAUUAUGUUUUCUGGACUGUGCGUCUGUUCAUCUGUCUGUUCGUUUGUCUGUCAAGUUUCAGGUUAAAGUUUUUGGUCGAGGUAGUUUUUGAUGAAGUUGAAGUCCAAUCAACCUGAAACUUAGUAUAUAUGUUCCUUAUGAUAUGAUCUUUUUUAAUUUUAAUGUCAAAUUAAAGUUCUGACCCCAAUUUCAAGGUCCACUGAACAUAGAAAAUGAUCGUGCGAGUGGGGCAUCUGUGUACUGGGGACACAUUCUUGUUUUAACUUUGGAAGAGACUAAAUUUGUAUGAAAUAAAAUCCAGCGAAAGUGUAAAUUGAAUGAAAUAUUUCCUCAGGAAAAUCCAAGAAAAAUUGCAUAUAUAUAUAUUAUACAUGUAUACAGUAAACAAAAUGUUUGUAUAUUUUUUUGGCACACACAGAAUCAGUCAUAAAGUACUAAAUUGUUCUUUUGUAAAUAUUCUCAUACAUGAAUGUGUUUAAUAUUUGUAUUAUAAAUAUAGUAUUUUUUGUUAUUUGCUAAAUUAAGAAUGUUGAUAGGAAUGUAUAUAGAAAUGAUAUUACUUUGGGAAAACCUUAUUGCAAAAUGAAUGGCAGUAAUUCAAGGGGGCCACCUUUAAAAGAAAUUAUAUAAACUAACUUAACUGGGAACUCUGCAAAGGAAUAGCAUACAAUUUUAACUUUUGUUUAAGUCUGUAUACUGACUUGUUACUACCUAAGGGUUUAUGUUGCUGUUAGAUGACAUAUACUUCUCAUCAAUAAAUUUAGAAAGUCCUUUGCCACAACUUUUGUUGAUUAUACAUCUUGUUCCUGUAUCUGACUUGCAUAAAUCUAUAGAAAUAUUUCAAUAGAAUUCUGAUAUCUGAAAUAAGUAAGGUAGAAGUUUAGGAAUUUUUGGUUCUCAAUGCACAUCAACUUCAUACUUUUUUUGCCUUUUUUAUUUUUUUGAUUCAAGCGUCACUGAUGAGUCUUUUGAAGACAAAAUCACAUUAGGCGUUAAUACAAAAUUUCAAUCCUGGUAUCUAUAAUGAGUUUAUUUUCUUCACAUGUUUCAUAGUAGGAUAUGCAUUCAUAUUUAUUAAUGUUUUUAUAAUUAUGUAUUAUUGUUAUUUAUUUGAUUAUUGUAUAUACAUGUAUUUAUGAUGUUUGAUCUCAGCUGCUAGAACAAAAUGUUCCCUUUCAAUUUUGGCACAGGACAUAAUUAUGUAAGCAAUAUUUAAUUUUAAGUGCUAUAAUUUAUGAUAUUACAUGUUUCAUUUACAAUUUCUCUCUUUUGUUCAUCAUCUCAGUAGCAUAAUAUUGGCAGCAUUAAAUAUCACUAGGACUAACUUUUCAUUUGUAAACUAAUAAAUGAAAUUGAGAAUGAAAACGGGUAAUGUGUGAAAGAGACAACAACGCUAAUGUGACCAAGAGCAGAUAACAGCUGAAGGCAUACAAAGUCUAACACAGUAGAUAAAGAUUCAGGAAAUAUAGACACUUAUGUUGGGGGUCUCAUUGGGGGGUUCUGAUCCCGGAUCCCGCUUACUGUUUUGUUAGAUUCCUGUAUCCCACUUACACUAUGUGCGUAAGCAAUUCUAAUUUUUUUGUCAUUUCCCGGGUCCUGCAAGACCUCAUUUCCUGUUUUCACGCCACAAUAAUUCGACUUUCAAAAAUCGGCAAUUCCACAUCACGCUUAGACCCCAAUGAGACCCACUAUGUUGAUUCUUGAUGAAAUGUUAUGCUGUACACAAUUUAUAAAAAUUUGAAAUAAAUUUUUAUCGCUUUACUUACAUAUCACAUUUGCAGUGGCUUGGUCUAUGUCACAUUAUAAUCCUAUUUUGACCAUAAUAGCUAUCAUUCUACAUGAAAAAUAGGAAUUUAAAAAAAAAAGUGUUUAUAAUUUUGGAAAUAUAGCAUCUGUAUCAUAAUAUCUACAUAUAAAUUCAUACUGUCAGAGGUUGAUGGAGUAUUGAUUUUUAUUUUAAUUAUUUGACUCAAUGCUUAAUACUUUUAAAUAAGAAUAUGAUAUUAUCUAUUAUAAAUUCACUGACUUGGCUGUCACAUUACAUUUGAUUCUUUGUACACUCCUGGAAAUACUGUAAUUACGAUAUCUAUUGACAUAUAUACACUGCUGAAAUACUGAAUAUAUGACGUAAUAGUUGUACAAUUUUGGUGUUUAAUUGCUUUUUCUAAGGUAAACAUUCCUUAAGUAAACUUUUCAUUCAUAUAAAUUCAGUUUGCUCUUGUCAUGUUAUAAUUAUGUGCAAUAUGACACAGUACGCAAUAGUAAGUUUAGAAAUGUAAUUAACAACAAAACUUUGUAUAGUUUGAGUGAACAAUGAUAUUUUAAAUAAAUGAUGUUGUUAGAAUGAAUUGUGAUGGUAAAUGCAACUUGUAAUUUUGUUUGAUUAUCUGCAUAGCUAAAAAAAUGUAUUUGAAAUUGUUUAACUAUGUUAAAUAAACCAAUAAUUGAUGGUAAAAUUAAAUUUUAGACAGAGAUAUGUGAUAAUUUCUUUCUAGAGUUUGCAACAAUGAAAUAAGAACUACAUCAAUUCUAUCAUAUUAAAUCGUAUUAUUGUAUACAAAUGUUUCCAUGAUGAGGCAAUUAAAUGAAUUAAAAUACUGUGCCAUUUAUUUUGCAUGGUAAAUAGGAUUAUAUGAUGUAUGUUGGUAUGUUGAAAAGAUAUUAUGGUAUAAAAUACAUAGAUUUAAAAAAAUUGAAGACAUAUUAUUAAGUAAUAUGGUCAUUUUGUACAGUUUUUUAAAAGCUCACUUUAAUUUGAUGCUCCCACCUUCAUGAUUAAUUGUAUUUAUAUGUACUAACAAAUAUGAUAUUGUUAUGUAGAUUUUGUAUUUUUUGAAUAUUUUUCCAUUGGUUAAUAAAUUUUUAUGGUGUUAUAUAAAUAUAUUAUCU